AUGUACGAAAAAAUAAACAGAGUUUACGCGUCAGCUAACAUGAAUUUGCAAAUUAUAUUUCCGUCAGCGGAUACUAGCGAGACGGAUCCUGAUCAAGAAAUUUUGGUUAAUGUAGAAAAAAAUUCCGAAAAAAUAAAAGAGCUGUUGAUUGUAGUCCUUACAUUAAUAAUGAUGCCAAAUACGGAUACAUAA